AUGACAACCAAGACCAACCACCAAGUUGUUGAAGAAGACGAUCAUAUGCUACUCAUUUCUCACUUGUACCCUUCCGAUGUCUACACCCAAAUUGUACCCCAGCAAGGAGCGUCAAAGCCUAAACGACGUCGUAAGAAGAGCAAAAGUGGAGAGGUUGGUGGUGCUGGGCUCAAGAAGAGGAAGCUGACUGCAGAACAAGUGAAUCUUCUUGAGCUCAAUUUUGGCAACGAACACAAAUUGGAGUCUGAGAAGAAGGACCGGCUUGCUUCUGAGCUAGGUCUUGAUCCUCGACAGGUUGCUGUCUGGUUCCAGAACCGAAGGGCUCGUUGGAAGAACAAGAAGUUGGAAGAAGAAUACUCCAACUUGAAGAAAGAACAUGACAGCACUGUUUCUGAGAAUCGCAAGCUUGAAUCCGAGAUGUCGAAGCUCAAGGAGCAACUCUCGGAGGCUGAGAAGGAGAUUCAACGGCUCUCAGAGCGCGUAGACCAUGGCGGCUCGAGCAACAGUCCGAGCUCCUCACUCUCUAUGGACGCCAUUGAUCCUCCAUUUUUAGGGGAGUUUGGGGUGGAGGAAUACGAUGAUGUUUUUUACAUGCCCCAGAACAAUUACAUUCAUGGCAUGGAAUGGAUGAACCUGUACAUGUGA